AUGCCGUCCAUCCAGUUUUUGCCCAGGGAAUUGGUCGAGCAGAUUUCCGGCAUGCUUGAAUUGCAGGAUCUCGCGCACCUCGGCGGCACCUGUUCUUCCCUCCGAGCCUUUGCGGCACCUCGACUGUUUGAGACGGUGGUUUUCACGGAUAAUGCGCGCGCGGCAGACUCGGCUUGCCUCGCAGCCGGCCGAUACAGCGCCUUCGUACGGCACCUCAAGCUGAUCGUGACAUUUCAGGGAUGUACCGACCCCGAAUGCGACUGCCUUGAAAGCACCAGCGAAGCCUGUUUUGCCGUUGCCAAUCCAGACAUCGGUGGCAUCCCUCCGAGCGCAGAGGUCCUGCUCGGUGGUGGUGCCCUUCCGGCCCUUAAGAGCAUCAUCGUCGAGUUCCCGGCGCGAUACAAGCAUGCGGGCAUGUUGUUCGGCGACUGGUGGGACGAAAUAGAUCCACGGCUGGUACCGAUGGGCGACAAUUUCGCCAUCGUGGUGCGUGCCGUGACGAUGGCGCUUACACGCAACGCGUCCAUCAGCAGCAUGUCCCUCCUCAACUAUCCACCAAUCAGCCCCCUCGAUGGUGCCUCUCCUGAUUACAAUGAUGCCUGGAAGGAGCUUUUAGGACGACUCGCGGACUUCCGCCUGUCGCUCUUUGGAGCCUUCUACCCACUCCACCAACCGAUGGGAUACGGGACAGAGGAAAUGCUCGCGUCCGACGACUACCGCGCCUCCCUUCAGCAUCUAGAAAGCUUCUUCUUCGCUCAUCUCCGGUCGGUGCGGCGUCUUGCAAUCUGCUGCUCCAAGCAUGCCCCCUUGGGCGGGGCCGAGCGGGGGAAUACCAACCCAAGAACGCGCAUGAGCAUCGCCCUCGCACUCGAUCCAGCCGCAAUGCCAUUCCUCGAGCACCUGGAACUGAACAACAUGUUCCUCGGCCCGGAGCUGGGCGACUUUCUCGUCGGCCUGGGGGCCGACCGGCCGUUGUCGCUGUGUCUCGACAACCUCAAGCCGGAUGACCAUUCCUCUCUGCUGCCGGGAUACACGUGGAAGGAGUUUUUCGACCGGCUGGUGGAUAGUCGCGUCUCCAUCUGGCGGUUCCGCUUGGCGCCAACGGAGGUGCCCGUCAGAUCCAGCCCAGCCCACGAGAUCAUGGCGCGAGAUCCCAGCCGCCGGGCAUUCCCCUACGCGUGGAUGCAAUUGGAGGAGUCUUGCCUCCAGGACGACAUGGUGCGAAAUGCGCGGUCGGUCGUUGAGGGAGCGGAUUAG